UCGGCCAUCGCCCCGCGACAACGAACCACUUUUAUAAACAGCCUUUUAAUCGUAAAAAACAAAAAAACAAAAUGCGUUCCAUUUUUAAAUCUGUGAUUAUGUGUUGCCUUUAACGUUAUUUUUAGGUUACAUUUGUGACGUAAUAUUUCAAGUGUUAUACGUUUGGAGUUUAAAAUACUCAAAACCUAGUUCUUAAUUGAUACGAUUAGAUGAUUCAGUAUGACCCGCUUCAUUAAAUGACUUUAAAUUUCAUAAUGGACGUUAACGUUUAACGUAAAACUGUUUAAUAGCUAUAACUAGUUGUAACGUAUAACGUUAUAAAGGGUUACUUUUACUGUGACAUCAAUAGGAGAUAGAAUUAUCAGACAUCUAUCAGAUGUAAAUCAUUCCACUUAUCUAGACCCCUGUGAUAGAAAGAGAUAGCAAAUUAUGCAUCUCGCUUGGCAUACUAACCCGAUCGAGCGUAAUAUAGCAAUUUUCUUGUCAUUCUGUCAGCUGAUUCUAUGAUAACGGUGUGCCGAGGUGUUUAGUUGUGUGAAAAAUGUUACCAUCUGCAUACACAGCGAAUUGAACGGGUUAUAAGUGAGUCAGAGUCAGUGCUCGGUCGGCGCAAUCGCCGUGCGAACGUAAACGAUUGCAUUUUUCCCAAAAAACGCAUAUUCGCAGACAACGACCGCGCUUUCUUAAAACGCGUUCCUUUUUCGAAUUUCGAACACUUACCGUAGACUAGUUUUUUUUUUUUUUUACGAAUCGAUUGUGACAUCUAAAAAGUUUUUAUUUGUUUGUGAAAUGGUGUCGUGAAUUGAUUUGAAAGUUUCUCUCUUUUCUUUCUUACAAUGGAAAGAAGCGUUUUGGCUAACACUGCGCACGUCCACUGGGCUUCUGAACUUCACUCGGAGUACCGCAGCACGUACAGAUGGCACGAGUACAAGGAGCAGCAGCAGCAGGGCGUGGUGAAGCAGCCCGCGCCCACACCACCUUCCGCACUGCCCAUCACCAGGGGUCCGAUGGAACCGGCGAUACCACGUCGCAAGAAAUACCCCGGCGUGGCGUACAAGACGAACGAGAUCUUCGACCCGGCGCCCGCCGACGAUAUUCGACCCCAUCCCAAUUCCGCCUACGGACGAGCUAGGAGCGUUCAGAGGGAUGACGUGGACAGAGCAGCGCGGCGCAGCAAGUCUGAGGGACCGCGGCAACCACGCUGGACCGACACUGUUGAGCCUAAGGCUACAACAGCUCUGGGCGAGGUGCUUGCGGCCAAGGAGCCGGAGGUAGCUGUGUGCACGGAGUACCGCAACCAGUUCGCCUGGCCCAAGGAUUCGGACACUCCACGCAAGAGCAUCUCUAUGGGCGCGCUCAAGAAAGCCGCCGUGGCUGAAGGAUCAGUCGAAGCUGAACCUCUGAUGAACCACGUGGACGGUGACCAUGAUGACCACAGACAGAAACGAUACAUUGAAGAUUAUCUGUGGAACGGCCAAAAGCCUGGAGUCCAGAGAAAAUCGACGUUCCGUAGCGCGCUAUCGGCCCUCAUAUACAACGGGGAGGAUCGUUCCAAAGAUAAUAGGAAACGUUACAAAAGCGAGUACAAAAAGAAAUUUAGACCGUUCUCUCAGUACGUGUACGAGGCAUCUAAAGGGACGUUUACGAAAUGCAGGGGGAAAGGGAAGUCGAAUGAGGAAGCGAGCGAGAGGUUGGUGGUAGAGGCGAGCGAGAGCGGGGGGCCGGGGCCGGGGGCGGGGGCAGAGCCCGUGGCGGGGGCGGGGGCAGGGGCCGGGGCGCGGGGGGGCAAAAGCAGCGCGGGGCUGAGCGCCGCCGCCGCCGAGGACAGCGCCAACACGCUGCGCGCCGCUGGCCUGCAGCCGCUCGGCCUCGCGCAGGGUGACUCCUGGUACCGCGAGGUGCUGGACCUGCGCAAGCGAGCCGGCGAGUACAAGUAUCGCGGCUGGGGAACCGAACUAGCUCCUGAACACAUCACUCAGCUUUACAAUAAGCAAAUCGAGCUCUGGUAUCAAGUCUCCCGCCGGUCCUCGCUGUCUGCCCUAUCACUAGCUUCCACCAGUCACAAAGCUCUCCCUCGCGAUGAGAAAGACGGCAAGGAGUCAAGGAACCACUCUCCCAAGAAGUUCAGGUCGUUCCGCUCAGCACCGCAUCAGUCCAUUCACGCUAAAUUGCAGGAGACUAAGGCCCUGGAGAGGUCUCCUCAUAAGACAUCGCCCCAGAAGCAGCGGAAGAAGCUGCAGGGCCAUAGCUUCGACGAAGGUGCUACUCAAGAAGGCGCUAAAACGGAGUCGUUCAGGUCGCCGCGCCGGCGGCCGCGCUCCGCCGACCCCGCGCCCGUCGCCCGCGCACCGCACUACGAGCCGCGCCCGCACAAGCCACAAGGUUUGCCGUUGGGUAAUAAUAGAGUUAGGUCGACAUCGAGGGGUGGACGGUCGCCCUCGGCGCCGAGCAAAGCUGGGGCAAUAAAUGGGACAAAUGGGGCAAUUGAGACACCCAGCCGGGGACGACGCAGUCGCAGCAUUUCGAAAGUGGGCAUUAAAUUGGACGAUGACGUUCCCGCUCACCGCAGCGCGUCCGUCGCAAAGGACCACUUCUUCGACGACUCGCCCGUAGUGAAGUCUCCACCGGAGCCGACCCGCGUGAAGUCCCCGGAGCAGUUGAACAUGCGCUCCCCGGACCCUGUCAACUGGACCGUGCCUCUCGACACCGGCAAGACGUUCACCGUCACGCAAAACGUCAAAAGCGAUGAGAGCGUAAAGCGCCCUAGCUCUGAGUUUAAGGCUGGCUCCGUGGCCGAAGAGGUGCCAUCCGUGAAGCCGGCAGAAAUCGCUCCGAUACACCAUCAGCAAAUGUCACCGAUACGAUCGCUGAAAAAGAGCGAAUCUCCAACGAGUCUCAGCAAGCGGACUGACAAAACUCCCACAACACCGAUCAGCCUCACUCCUAUAGACGAGACGAAGGCUUUAGAUAUGAAUAAAGUUAACGGUAUAAACGGUAUCGAUAGUAAUCAAUUGACUCCUGAAACUCCAGUAAAGGAAACUAUAAAAGAAAAAGAGGUCGUGAAGAAAUCGACUGAAGCGACUCAGAAAGCACCCGGUGUGGUCGAUACCACGGUUGUCAAUGAGCCUAACACAGGCGGGUUGACUGCGGCCGAGGUGCUUGAUAGAGCUCGCAAUAGAUUCGAUAAAUUCUGGGGCAAGAAAGAGGAAGACACUGUUUAGUCUGAUCCGUUUAAUAAAUCGAUGAAUUGUGACAGUUGAAAAUAAUUUUAGCUAGCAACACCACUAAAAGUCAAAACUUUGGAAUAAAAGUACCACAGACAAAACGCGUUCCGUUUCACGUUUGUUUUCAAAAUGUCACAAUUUUCGACUGUUUCGCGGUAUUUAAACUAGAGCUUGCUUCACAACGUUAUACGAUGAGUUGUAUUUAUUUAAUGUUGCCCAAAAUACAUGAGUCUUGAACAGGAGUGUGGUGGCUUAAUAAAGUAGAACACAUGUAAAGGAAUAGGUUGGUUAUGUGAUUUUUUUUCUUAGAAUUAAUUUUAUUUGCUUUAAGACAAUCUGUAUCGAAUAUAGAUAAGAUCUUGCAACCUUCAUUCAUUUAAUAUUAAGUAUAUAUUCGUUAUUUAUGUAAUUAUAUUUCGCAGGCAGUCAUUUUACAUGAACCUAUUGGUGGUUUAUUUUAUUUACAUAUUUGCUGUCAUAUUAUUCAUUUACUAGUUUUUUUUCUAUAUUUUU